CAACAGCUUUAGCAAGCUAAUUUUUCCACCUCUAGCGUGAGUUAAUAAAUGACAACAAUAUUCUUAUUUGUUUAUUUUUUUCGUUUAUUAAACAAUGAAUUUGUUGCCACGAUCCCGAGAAGAGUUCGCACAAACGGACUACUGGAACGAGUUCUUCAAAAAACGCGGUGAAAAAGCUUUUGAAUGGUACGGCGAAUAUCUAGAACUAUGUGAUCAAAUACACAAAUACAUAAAACCCGCCGACAAAAUUCUGAUGCUCGGCUGUGGCAAUUCCAAGUUGAGCAUGGACAUGUAUGACACUGGAUUUCGGGAAAUCACCAAUAUUGACAUAUCACCUGUUGCUAUUAAAAAAAUGAUUGAUAUCAAUGCAAAGACGCGGCCAGACAUGAAGUUUCUUCAAAUGGACGCCACUGCCAUGACUUUUAGCGACGAGAGUUUCUCGGUGGCCUUGGACAAGGGUACUUUGGAUGCUUUGUUUGUGGAUGACAACGCUGAGACGCAAGCCGUUGUCGAACGUUACUUUAAGGAAAUAUUGCGCACAAUGCGCAAUGGUGGUCGCUAUGUGGGCAUAUCCCUGUUGCAGGAGCAUAUUAUCAACUUUUUGGCCGAUUUCCUGCCCAAAAACAAUUGUAUGCUGCGCAUUGUUCACUGUGUGGACGUUGAGCGUGCCAAUAAGGAAAAGAACACCGAUGAUUCGUUGUCGUUGCCCGUGUUUGUUGUAGUAGCCACCAAAUUCAAGAGCUUGCCUAUGGCAAUCCUAGAAUUUGGCUUGGGCAACGAUAAGAUGCAACGCUGUCAAAGUUCCACGGAACUCAUCAAUGCAGUGAAGUCAGUGCAAAAAGCAGCUUUAGUUUGCAACGGCCUGACACGCUCUAGCAUCGCCGGGCACAACGAGGUUACCUUGGACUUGUUUCGUGCCUCGGAGGAAGCUCCUCGUUACACCAUCCAUAUAAUAGAUCAGCCACCAGCACGUGGCAUCGGCAAAUACGCCGCAUUUAUUGUACCUCAAGGUCGAGAAAUUGAAUGGCUAUUUGCCACACCCGCUGGUCGUCGAAAACUUCAAGCUUCAGCCAAAUAUCAGCGCUUGGCUGUCGUUACACUGCAUCGUGAUCAGAUCUAUAGCACACUGGAUGAAGUCAAAGUUGAGCUGGCUUCAAGCAUUAGCAAUUUGGCACCGGCGGGUCUCACUGAACAGAUUCCUUAUCUAUCGCUUGGCUCCGAAGUCGGACAUCGCGAGACGCUUAUUUCCGGAUUCUCUAAGAUAUCCGGCGAAUUUCGCAUUGAAGAGGUUGAAGCCGAUGGCAAAACUUUGCGUCGCCUCAUAUUCCUGAACAACCAGUUUGUCGUGCAGUCGGAAGCGUUAAUUAAAACCAUCAAAAUCAAGGGCAAAAAGAAUCGCAAGAAGAUUGACUUUGGCUACUUGGCAUGCCAGCAUCAUCUCUUCAUGUCUGUGGGCGUACAGCUGGCCACCUCGAUUCAGAGUCCUAAGAAAGAUGUGCAGAAGGAUGUGCUUGUGAUUGGUCUCGGAGGCGGCGGUCUCUGCAGUUUCUUGCACGCCGCAUUGCCUCAGACAAGAGUUACGGCUGUGGAAAUUGAUCCCAUUAUGCUGGAGAUAGCUGAGCAAUACUUUGAGCUCAAGCAGGACAAUCGGUUUCAUGUGGUCAUCGAUGAUGGUCUCGCCUUUGUGGAACGCUGCCGUAAUGAGGAUUUGCAUUUCGAUGCUGUGCUCUUUGAUGUGGACAGCAAGGAUCUGUCUCUGGGCAUGAGUUGUCCGCCCCAAAGUUUUCUGGCCAAUGAGAUAUUACAACACAUCAAGGAAAUCAUUGGGCCCAAGGGUCUGUUCAUGUUGAACUUGGUGUGCCGCGAUGAAACCUUGCGUGCCGAGGCUGUUGCGAAAUUGCAACAAGUAUUUGCCUCAGUUUGUUGUUAUAAGUUGGAUGAGGACAUCAAUGAGGUUGUAUACUGUGCCAACGAUGAUAAGUACAAAACUAUCGAACAGUGGAAGAAACAAAUGGGAAGCGCAGGACGAGGUCUCAACAGCGCCAUCAGGGAUCAGAAGUUGUCCAACGAUGAAGCGCUUGAUGUAGCUGAAUUUCUAAGCGAAUUGAAGAUUUAAUAGUCAGUAGUUGAACAUGAAAAGAAAUACACAACGCAUAGUGCUUUAAAUAAAUGUUAAUUGCUUUUACAAUUGAAUAAAAGUCUAACUCGUUGUAUAGUAAAGUAGGUAUAAUUGCUAAUAACAAACUAAUUGCGGCAAAGGCUUUCGCUUACUUACAAACUAUAUAAUUAAGAGUUGAACAGCAGUUUUGGAAUAUUAAGUUAAGGUUAUUCUUUACACCUUGCGUAAGAGUAAAUAGUUGUUUUGCUUACUACUUUCAUUUUCGUUUUGUUUUGUUUGGUUUAUAUAUACAAUAGAUACACAAGCAGCGAGCACAUGAAUUACAUAGUACAACUAAAAGCAAUGGUUAGAUAUAAAGUACAUAACAUAUUAAACUCGACAGUCUGUUUGUUGCAUUCGGUUGGCUGCAACACUAAGGAACUCUUGGGAGAAACGAAAUGAGGCUAAGAAGUUUGCUCUGUUCUUUUUCUUUUGUGUUUUUGUUUUGCUUUAUACAAUUUUUAAAGUCUUGAAAUUUACAAUUAUUUUUAUGUAGUCCUCUACACAAAAUCGGACAAAUGUGGCCAAUCUCUCAGUACGGAAAUACACAAUUUAGUUAAAUCAUUUAAAAAACUAAAAACCAAUUAAGCACUGGGCGGG